CGGCCGAAUCGGGCCGGUUUGGCCUGCAAGAACGACAAUGCCCUGCGCGUAGCGGAAAGCUGCAGGUGGGGACCACGUAAGGGUGAGACCCCUGCCGUUACGAGCGGAUCCUAAAACCCUAGCGAAGCCGAACCCUCCCUUCCCUCCCGCCGCCGCCGCCAUGUGCCCCACCGCCGCGACCAUGAGCUCGGCCAGGCCGUCGAAGAAGCGGAAGCAGCCCGUCGUCGCCCCGCCGGAAUCGGACUCCGAGGAGGAGGAGUCGGUCUACGACACCGCCUCCGACGACGAAGAGGAGAUGAUGCAUCAGGAGGGGCAUGCGAGCGACGACAAGGGAGAGGCGGACGAGGACGAAGAUGAGGAGCAAGCGCAGGCGCAGGAACAGGAAGAGGAGGACGAGGGCGAGGUUGGGAUAGAGGUGAAUGAGACUGGGAAGAAGAAAAAGAAGGGGAAGAAGGAAAGGAAGGAGAAAGAAGAGGGGGAGAAAGUGGAAAAGAAGAAGGAGAAGAAGGGGGAGGGAAGUGGGAUUCUGACGAACAUGCUGUUCUCGGAGCUCCCCAUCUCCGAGCUCACUGCCAAGGCCAUCAGUGAGAUGAACUAUACCCACCUCACCCAGAUUCAAGCUAGAUCGAUACCGCCUCUAUUGGAAGGAAAGGAUGUGAUGGGCGCAGCCAAAACUGGCUCAGGGAAGACUCUUGCGUUCCUUAUACCAGCGAUCGAGCUGCUCUAUCACCUGCAUUUCUCACCGAGGAAUGGAACUGGAGUUAUCGUGGUUUGCCCGACAAGGGAGCUUGCUAUCCAGACACACAAUGUUGCCAAGGAGUUAAUAAAGUAUCAUUCGCAAACUCUUGGAUAUGUAAUUGGCGGUAAUAACCGGAGAGGUGAGGCUGAUCAGCUCGCAAAGGGGGUCAAUUUAUUAGUCGCUACACCAGGCAGGCUUUUGGACCAUCUACAAAAUACCAAGAGUUUCAUAUACAAAAGGCUAAAGUGCCUUGUAAUUGAUGAAGCUGACCGCAUACUUGAGCAAAACUUUGAGGAAGAUAUGAAACAGAUAUUUAAAUGCCUUCCUCAGAAUAGGCAGACUGUUCUUUUUUCUGCUACACAGACUCCACAGGUUGAAAAUUUUGCUAAGUUGUCAUUUGAGAAAAAUGAAGAACGUAAAGAAAAACCAGUUUAUGUUGGAGUUGAUGAUGAUAAAUCAAAGGCUACUGUUGAAGGCUUACAGCAGGGCUAUUGUGUCAUUUCUAGCGAGAAAAGGUUUCUGGUUCUGUAUGCUUUCCUCAAAAAGCAACAGUCGAAGAAUAAGAAGGUCAUGGUGUUCUUUUCAUCAUGUAAUUCAGUCAAAUUCCAUGCAGAACUUUUGAAUUUCCUUCAGAUAGAGUGUUCUGAUAUCCAUGGGAAACAAAAGCAGCAGAAAAGAACUACAACAUUCUUUAGCUUUUGCAAGGCAGAAAAGGGCAUAUUAUUAUGCACUAAUGUGGCAGCACGUGGACUUGACAUCCCUGAUGUGGAUUAUAUUGUGCAAUAUGAUCCUCCAGAUGAACCAAAGGAUUACAUCCACAGAGUUGGUCGUACUGCACGUGGUGAUAAGGGCCAAGGAAAUGCAUUACUGUUCUUACUACCACAAGAAUUAAAGUUUCUCAUUUACCUGAAGGCAGCCAGGGUUACUCUGACAGAAUAUGAUUUCGAUGAAAAGAAGUUGCCCAAUUUGCAAUCACACCUCGAGAAUAUUGUUGGUGAGAAUUACUUCCUAAACCAGUCGGCGAAAGACGCCUACAGAUCCUACAUGUUGGCAUACGACUCACACUCUAUGAAAGACAUUUUCGAUGUCCAGCAACUCGAUCUGAAGAAAGUAGCAGCGUCGUUCUGUAUCAAUAACCCUCCCAAAGUGAAUGUCGGCCUGGAGAGCAGUGCGUCCAAACAUCGGAGGAAAAUGAGGAAAGUGGAUGGUGGGAAGAGGCAUGGUAUUGGCCCGUCGAAUCCUUACGGCCGUAGAGACAGAGACGGUGGUGACAAACGACAGUUCGCAAGAUUCUAGAAAAGAGCGUUUCAAGGGUUUAGGAUGCCCCGAGGCAAUUGCGAUGUGUGUUAAUAUCAGAGCUUCGAAGUCAUCUGGCUUUGGAAAAUUUUGUGAUACGUCACUUGUUCUCAGAAUGGAUGAGAUUUAAUUUUUGUUAAGGGGCGAUUGCUUCA